AUGCGCGAGAUCUUGUGCAGCAAGUGUGGGCUUCGUGCCUGGUCUAAUGUUUCGUUCUGUGCUGUGCCGGUCCGGAGCGACCGCCUCGUCUUAAAAGUUAUCGUCCUCUGCGCUUUCCUUCACGUCGACAAUAUCGACCGAGGAAGUUCGGUCCAUAACGAGACACUCGCAGAGAACGUGACGACAACGAUUACGGGCGCCUUGAGCUCGGAAGCGGUUAAAUCCUGCACACGACUACUCGUCCAACUAGCGAACCUGCAGAUUUUCGGGCUCGAGAUGGUCGGUAUGAACGAGAAGGUGUCGAAAACGUGUUCGGUUGGCUACUGUGGUCGUCUAGAAGCGUGA